UGCUCACACUGCUGUUGAGAUUGAGCAGCGAAGCGUUCGCAGCUCUGCAUUAUAUUACUGACAAUUCAAAGGCGCGCGCAGAGAACACCAUGUAUCCCGAUUUGGAACGACUUGGAGAGGGGGUGUCCAUGCCUUUCAUGUGGUGAAGGAGUAAACACUUUGCUUAAUUUACCCAGGAAUAGACGUAGAGGAAGGCAGUCCUUCUGGAGUGGAGUGCUUUGUUUUGAAACACAGUAGAGGCGACGGUGGGUAUUCUCCAGUAUACAGUUACGAUCAGCCAUCGAAACUUCUGCUUCAAGAAUCUGUUUUCAAUAAGGAUUGCUUCUGAACUGAACACGUAAUUAACCAUAUAAGGCUGGAGAUGUCACAGUUGAAAUGUUACUGUAGGAAAGAAAGUGGAGACCCUGUUGUGCGCAUUCUGGUUUAUCCCAAAGAAAGCAAGUAGCCUAUAUGGUUACGCGCACGUUGUGCUUUGUGAGAAGAGGAUUUCAACCAAACGAAAAUGGCCCGGAUUAUUCUUUGCGCUUUGAUAUUAGUUUUGGCUGACUUUAAUUAAACAUAACUGUAGGUCUAUUGAACAUCCGUGGAAUUGACCCCACAGUCCAAAUGAUGGAAUGGCUCGUUGCUUUGUGUAUUGGGAUUCUGGUGGCCGUCAUUUGGUCAGCUUCGAAAUAUUUUGGUUCCCAGGGCGAGCCAGACGCACUCCUCCAGGGGCUCGGAAUUUCACGGCGGCAGACGAAGGAGAUGGUCUCGGAGAGGUGCGUCUCAGACCUGGGGGUCCCGGUGGACGGUGCUAAUGCCCAGACAUCCGACAGGGCAGGUGAGAAUAAAGUCCCCGAUGUUGCGCUGAUAUGCAAACCCUCGGCGCUGGCCAACUAUCUCUUCAAACACUGCAGGACUUUCAGCAAUUUCACAGCGUGCACUGGAUGGACAUGGCGGGCGAGUGCGUUUCUUCAGACAGUUUAUGGCGCGUGCUGGCCGUACGAGAGCCCGGCGUAUUUCGUGCGGGACUACCUGCAGUUGAGCGACGACGGCCUGGUGGCGCUGGACUGGGCAGUGUCGAUGGCCGGUGAGUCGUACCAGAAACGGAGGAGAACCUCGAGUAAUUCCACGAGCCCAAUCCUCCUCAUCAUACCCAACUCUUUUGGGAAAAUCACUAGAAAUGUGCUGAAGCUCUGUGAGGUGGCGUUGUCCCACGGCUACCUCCCUGUGGUGUUUAACCGGCGCAGCCACAACGCCACCCCCCUCAGCACCGUCAAGCUGCAGCAGUUUGGCGACCCAGGGGACCUACGCGAGGCUGUGCGCUACAUGCGCUACAGGCAGCCCGUGAGCCGGCUGUAUGCGGUGAGCGAAAGCACAGGGUCCGGCCUCCUCCUCUCCUACCUGGGAGAGUGUGGUUCAUCCAGCUACGUGACGGCCGCCGCUUGCCUCUCGCCAGUGUUCCGCUGCCAGAGCUGGUUUGAGAAAGGACCCAUCUGGCCCCUACACUGGGCUCUAGUGACAUACCAGAAGAUAUGCCUCAACAGGUACAGGACAGUGCUGGGUGAGACAGUGCACACCGAUGCCCUUUUCUCCAGCUGUUCCAUGCGUGGCCUGGAGGAGGUGUUGUUCUGCCAGCAGCCAGGCCCUAAAGGAGCCCCGGCCCUAGCAGGGGGCACCAGCAGCAGCAGUGGUGGAGCCUGGGAGGCCUACUGGGAACGCAAUGAACCCCUCCGGGACGUAGACGAAGUCGCCAUCCCCGUUCUGAGUGUCUGUGCUCAGGAUGACCCUAUCAGAGGAGACCCCCAGUCUACCCUACCCCUGGAACUCUUCGAGAGCAACCCCCACUUCUUCCUGCUGCUGACCACCAGGGGGGGACACUGUGGCUUUAACACCCAGGAAGGGAGUGCUUUCUCUGGGGGAGGGACCUUUGGAGGGACACCUGGGACUAGCUGGAGCCACCGGGCCCUGCUGGAGUUCUUUAGAGCCACCACGGACUUCAUUGCGGCAGAGGAGAGGGCUAAGCAGGCUGCCAGACGGAGGGGCCUGGGGGGUAGCAGCCAGGGCAAAGUCUUCAGACAUCGUAGUGUCAGUAGCUGUAGGAGGCUGCCUGCAUGCUCACAUAAUAUACACACUAUCUACAACUGGCAGAGGUCUUAUACACGAUGAGCUGGGGUGAUGAUAUUGGAUAUUAUGGAUGAUAAGGGAUUUAUAUUAUGAUGAUAAGGGAUUUAUAUUAUGGAUGAUAAGGGAUUUAUACUAUGGAUGAUAAGGGAUUUAUAUUAUGGAUGAUAAGGGAUGUAUAUUAUGGAUGAUAAGGGAUUUAUAUUAUGGAAUGUAAGGGAUUUAUAUUAUGGAUGAUAAGGGAUUUAUGUUAUGGAUGAUAAGGGAUUUAUAUUAUGGAUGAUAGGGGAUUUAUAUUAUGGAGGAUAAGGGAUUUAUGUUAUGGAUGAUAAGGGAUUUAUAUUAUGGAUGAUAGGGGAUUUAUAUUAUGGAUGAUAAGGGAUUUAUAUUAUGGAUGAUAAGGGAUUUAUAUUAUGGAUGAUAAGGGAUUUAUGUUAUGGGUGAUAAGGGAUUUAUAUUAUGGAUGAUAAGGGAUUGAUAUUGUGGAUGAUAAGGGAUUUAUAUUAUAGAUGAUAAGGGAUUUAUAUUAUGGAUGAUAAGGGAUUUAUAUUAUGGAUGAUAGGGGAUUUAUAUUAUGGAUGAUAAGGGAUUUAUGUUAUGGAUGAUAAGGGAUUUAUAUUAUGGAGGAUAAGGGAUUUAUGUUAUGGAUGAUAAGGGAUUUAUAUUAUGGAUGAUAGGGGAUUUAUAUUAUGGAUGAUAAGGGAUUUAUAUUAUGGAUGAUAAGGGAUUUAUAUUAUGGAUGAUAAGGGAUUUAUAUUAUGGAUGAUAAGGGAUUUAUAUUAUGGAUGAUAAGGGAUUUAUAUUAUGGAGGAUAAGGGAUUUAUGUUAUGGAUGAUAAGGGAUUUAUGUUAUGGAUGAUAAGGGAUUUAUAUUAUGGAUGAUAAGGGAUUUAUAUUAUGGAUGAUAAGGGAUUUAUAUUAUGGAUGAUAAGGGAUUUAUAUUAUAGAUGAUAAGGGAUUUAUAUUAUGGAUGAUAAGGGAUUUAUAUUAUGGAUGAUAAGGGAUUUAUAUUAUGGAUGAUAAGGGAUUUAUAUUAUGGAUGAUAAGGGAUUUAUAUUAUGGAUGAUAGGGGAUUUAUAUUAUGAAUGAUAAGGGAUUGUAUCUGCAGCACAAGAAAGCUUUGCAUUUAAUGGCUGAAUAUGAAUCUGUGUGCAGCAGUCACCUAGGUAAUUGACGGAACAUGGUUUCAUUGACACACGCACGCACGCACGCACACACACACACACACACACUCAGAAUUUACGGAUGAACACUCCAAAAGACACUACGUGUAACCAGAAAAGCCUGUGUGUGUGUGCGUGUGUGUGCGUGUGUGUGCGUGUGCGUGUGCCUCUGCCCAAUGACUGUCCAAAAAUGCCCGUCUGGACACUGGACUGCCAGUAUUUCUCUGAUGAGACCAUCAGAUUCAUGGGGAAACUAUGUGUAAUGAUAUGGUGAUGUUUUGCUGAACUGGGUGGAACCAGUUGGGUUUGUGGCUUUUCACACAUGUUGUAAUUCAAAUUCUGACUGGGGUACAUUGAAUGUAGCUGCAAUCUGCAACUUUGAAUUAGCGCUGUUAGUGACAUGAUGAUUUUCCUGUAGUUUUCUAAACAAUGUUAAACGUGUGUUAAACGUGUUAAAUGAUCUGAAUCAUUGUGAAGGAACGAUGUGAUAAAAGAAAAAGAGGGACUGUAUCAUGGAAGGAUUUCAUGUUGGUCACAUACUGUUAUCUUCUGUCCAGACAUAAUUACAGUAAUGUUGUGUAACGUUGUAUCAAUUUAACAGUCUUCAGUUACUGUAUGUGGAACUUUAUGUACAAUACUGUAUGUGUCAUACUUAGAACUUUGUGACUAUGUACAGUAGAGUUCUGUUUCUCUGAGGAUUCAUCAAACACAUGGAGAGUUUUCCAUUUAGACGUCUCCUAAAAUAGCUCUAUGCCCAGAGCGAUUACCACUGUCUGUGUGUGUGUGUGUGUGUGUGUGUGUCUGUCUAUCUGUCUGUCUGUAUGUUUGUGGUGUGUAUUCGUGUGUGUGUGUAUGUGUCUGUAUGUGUGUGGUGUGUAUUUGUGUGUGCAUACGUGUGUGUGUGUCUGUGUGUGACCGUGUGAUCUGAUUAGAUAUCUCUCCACGGUGUGUUCCUACAGAUCCUCAUCCCCACAGACAGCUGCUACUGCUGGACCACAGAGCCAACUCUACAGUUAGCAUCAAGCCCUGACCCUUUACAAAAUACACUACCCAUCCUUGGUGCCACGACUCCAGGAUUACUAAAGCCGUGUCUGUAAUCCUACCUUAUUGUACCAGGGCCAUAGGUGUAGUCUACGAUCGCUCCACUUUUGUAAACCUCUGCAUCACAGUAUGCAAACAGGCCUUAUUGUUUUAAUGUAUCAAUUUGCACCUACAUUGUAAUGACACUGUAACUACCAUGUAAAUACAGCUAUUCAUAUGAUCCCAGGGCCCAGACAACUUCAGCACGGAACAUAGCCACUGUUAUUUGUUACAACAGUCUUUCUGGUUCUACAAAUGACAAUGAGCCGAAGCAGCCUGCCUAGAAUGCUCAUUCUUUUGUUGUUCAUUUUCAUUUAGUGAAAUGUGAACUAGAGCAGACAGACAUAGGGGCGACAGAAACAAUAACCACCAGGCCUCUCAGUCUCUUGGCCCAAUGAAGUUGUUAACAUUGAAUUGGCCGUUAACACGUUGCUUAUUGAAUUCCAGACCCAAUGUCCGCGUCUGUCCAAUUGAAUUUGCAUUGAUUGAUAUUGCAUUAGCGUUCAUAGCUUCUAAUGACCGAGUCCCUUGAUAUGAUCAAGAUAUAUUCAUAGGUCAGUGAGAGAACCUGUAGAAUACAGAGGAUAUUAUAAUGGAUUUGUUUGAUGACUAAGAGGCUAGUGCUGUGUUGACGUACUGUAAUAUUUCACUAAGGUGAGGAUCGCCAUCUUGUGGCUAUUGGGUGCAAGUGACAUUCCACCAGUUUUGAAAAACCAAAUACUCUGGAGAAUAUAUCUAUAUUUUUUUUAACCUUUAUUUAACUAGAAAAUUCAGUUAACAACAAAUGCUAAUUUGACGGCCUACCCCAGCCAAACCCUAACUGGGCGAUGCUGGGCCAAUUGUGUGCCGCCCUAUGGGAUUCCAAAUCAGCCUGGAAUCAAACUAGGGUCUGGAGUGACGCCUCUAGCACUGAGAUGCAGUGCCUUUGACUGCUGCGCCACUCGGGAGCCCAUAAAAAGGCUAGAUACAGCCUUGAAUAUAAGCUAUGUUGUGAUUCAUGGAUACAUAGAGCACCACAGCUUCACAUGAAUCUAUCUUGAUUUUCACAUGAUACCUUUUUAAGGAAUGUUACAAAAUGCUGCCAGUCUCUUUUUACACAUUUUAUAGUGCACUCAAUGAAACAAAUACAUUAUUGGAAUAAUUCAAGGACUAACUAUGAUAUAAUUCAAAAACCGAGUCUGAAUAACAAACAUAAAACAACAGCAACAUUAAUACAGUAUACAUUUCGACCCGUAUGCAUAUGAGAACAUGUGUGAAGGGCAUAUCGCUUAACAACCAGAGCAGAGCCAUGUAAAGUCUUUAUGGCUCCGCUAUGACCUGUCUGCAUGACCUACAUUUCUAAUGAUGCUCUUACCUUGGCGUUAUCGUCUGAUCUAUUUACCCAUCACAAUGACCUCAUGAAGAAUGUGGCAGCACUGGCAUGGCUUCUGAAUGGGGGAUUUUCUCUCUCUCUCUCUCUCUCUCUCUCUCUCUCUCUCUCGCUCUCUCUCUCUGUGUCUCUCUUUGUCUGUCUCUCACUCUCUCUGUCUCUGUCUUUCUGUCUCUCUCUUUCUGUCUCUCUCUCUGUCUCUCUCUCUGUCUCCCCCCUCUCUCUGAGAGACUGCCUAACAGACACAAUGACGCAGCUAUAUCUCUGCUGCAUUUGGCUGGGAAACUGGAGCACAGCACAUUGAGGCCAGAUAUAGCCCUGGUUUAAAAAGAUAUCUGCACAGUCACAAGAAAAUCUAAUCAGGGAAGUGAUACAUUUAUUUUGUGACAGAAAUGCACAUAAUUAUGCAUAUUAAAUCAAAUCAAUAAAGUCAUGAGU